GGUGAUUCAAAAAAAAGAGUGAGGUUAGUUUGUUGUAGCGUUCAAAAUAAUAAAAAAGAAAUUCUUGAUUUUUUGUUUUUACAUGAAAAACGGACAUAAACGCAAUGUUAAAGACUUGCCCCGGUUCCGUGGAUGUUACGGACUUGCAAUUUAAGUUACAAUGCCACCUAAAAGUCUUUGAGAAUAAGGAUUUUUCUCCUUUUUCUCAUGCUAAUAGUUUACUUACUUGCGCUAGUCGGUAUGGAUUGCUAUUUACUGGCUCCACCUCAAACCAUUUUCAGGUUAUACAAACGAAAAUACUACAAAAUUACAGCCCGAAAGAAAAGGAUGUCAUCAAUUAUCCCAGACGAACUAUCCAACUAUCCUCCCCACCAAAACAUUUAUGUGUAAACUGUGACAGUACAGUCCUAGCAGUCAUUAUAGAAAAAGAUAGUUGCCCAGUGGUAAUUUUCUAUGACGUUCUCUCAUUUCUUAGUCAAAAUGUGAAAGUUUUACAAGAGUUAAGACUCUCAUCCACUCCCAAUGUGUUUAUAAGGGAAAUUAAUUGGAACCCAAGCCUGCCCAUGGUGUUUACUGCAUGCAAAAGUGACAACACUUUAGGAGUAUAUGAAUUAAAAGGGACUGCAAUUGAUAUAAAUGAACUACCGAGUGCCUCACAAGCUACUAGCUUCUGCUGGAGCCCAAAAGGCAAGCAAAUUGCUGUGGGUUCGGCAGAUGGAAAGAUCACUCAAUAUAAACCAGAUUUAAAGGCAGUGAAAAUUAUAAAUGCUCCCAAGUUUGAAGGGCAGAACAGCAUUAUUAGCCUUCAGUGGGUCUCCAACUAUCAAUUUAUUGCUGCAUAUUUGUCUACAAAAGAUGGGGUGGCCAAUAUUGUGGUUGUAGAUGCCCCCAAAACUGGUGAACCUACAUUUACUAACUAUGAGGAUAUUUGCUAUAGUGGCACUUCUAGGGAGGCACAGUUUUAUAUGAUUUUGCAACAGAAUUGGAACUUCCUGAUGGUUGCUUCAGCCAACAGUGCAGAAGUUGGAGUGCUUGGACUAACUGGAGAAACAUGGACCCAGUGGAUUACGUCUGAUACAGCACGCGCGGAGCUUCCCUUAAGCCCCGACCAUGAAGAAACUCUCCCUGUAGGGUUCACUUUUGAUAUAAGCUCAACAAAACCUUUGCCCUGGGGAGAAAGCACCAUACCACCAUGUCCCAUGCUGUGCAUUCUCUCCCAUCAAGGAGUUUUGUGCUGCUUUAACAUUGUUAAUCUUAAAGAGGGCGUACCGAGUGUUUGCACACCUCCAGACCCUAUUCAGGACACUUCUGGUUUGAGUACAUUUACUUCAGAGGUCGCUGUUAGCAACCAACCCAAAGAAAUACCAGUAACUACUGAGGCUAGUACUAAAACAAACUUUGCUAUGCCUAACAUUAUACAAAGUACUCCCUUGCCUGCUGCUAAGGCUCCUACAGAAACCGCAAAAACAUUGUUCGAGAGUCGCCCAUCUUUAACUCCAAUCAAGCCUUCCGGGGUGCCGUUGUUUGGGGGGCAAUCGAUCAUAACUCCUGUCACGAAAACUACAAGUGCUCCGCCUCCAGCACCUUCAAACUUCAGCGAGAAAUACUCCUCAAUAUUUUCUUCGUUGACUCCGACAUCUACGCAAGCCAGUACGGCACCCGUUAAACCUAUAGUGGUCACCACUAAGCCCCCAGAACCAAAACCUCAGGAAGUGAUACCUCCCAAAGUAGUUGCUGAGGUUCCCAAGCAGCCUUCUACUCUAGCAGCGGAAAUCCCGAAAGGCGAAACUACAGUCAUGAUAGCUGAAAUAAUCAAAGACGAGUGGUUGUACUUGGAAGCGGAACUAAGGAUUCUGAUCAACUUGGGUCGCAACGUGAAGGUUCACGUGGGUACCGAUCAAGAAAAAAUCGAUAUGAUUGAAAAGAUUGACGGUCUACAAGAUUUUGUUCGGGAAGCGUCGGAAAUAAGCGUCGGCCAGAGCAACGAGAUUCAUUUGUUGAAACAGAACCUGAUCCAAUCGUGGGCAUGGUUUGAAGAAGCGAAGUCGCAUUAUAAUGCAUCCAAGAACGAAGCCAUCGCCCUCCUAAUCAAAAUGCAACCGUUGGAUUCUUUGGCUCAAAAGCGUUUGCAAGAUGUCGAACAGUUAGCUUACUAUAUAGAAUCUCAGCUGAGCCAAGCUAACAAAACCCUAGACGAGCAAUGGGAUAAAUUUCAAGACUACGCUAAGAAAUCCUACAAGUUCCAAACUCCCACCAUGGAAGCCAUCUUCCAAACGAUGGUCAGACAGAAUGUUAUUUUACAAAAGAAGCUAUACGUUCUUAAGGAUAUCGCGUCCCAACUCAAAUCAAAACCAUCAAACGUCAGCUCGUUGCUAUCAAACUUAGAUCUAGCAGAUGACUUUUCCGAACUACAUUUAGACCCUCGGAGCAUUUUGCAGUUACAAAUCGAGAAAAUCAAGAAUCGCUCCAAACAUUUAUCUGAGGCUAAGGUGGGGAAGCUGCGUAGGCUUUUGAAGUCCCGAGACGUGGUCAAAGUGACUGCAGUUAAGCCCCAAGUGUCUUCUUGGGCUCUGAAUCAAUCCCCUGCAAGUAAAAUGAGACAGUCUAUAUCGAUGUUAGGAUCAUCCACGUCACCGAGCACCAAAUCAUCAAUUGCUAAAAUCCUGGACUUCUCCAGUUCUACUCCAGAAAAACCGACUACAUUACAAAAGAGCCAAGGCAGCGCUUUCACUCCAAUAUGCACAGCAGCACCGGCCUCCCAGCAGUCAUUUUUCUAUAAUGCCCCAAAUAUUUCGUUUGGAGCAGAUACUUCAAAACCAACCUCGACAUUUAGUACUCCUCCUAAAGUCAAUACUACCGCCUCUGUGACUUUCAAAGCUCCUGCGGGCACGACAUUUUCUUUUGGUAGUACCCCUCCGAAAGCAGCAGAUACAACAGUAACAAAACCCAGUGGGGCUUCCUCGAUAUUUAGUAAUCUGCAAUCGGUCAUUGAUAAGGCCACCGAACCUACAAAAUCAGCUUUUAGUUUUUCUGGAGCUAUAGCUACAACCCAGUCGGUGGUUAGCUCAUCUUCAUCUUCAGCAGUCAGUAAUUCUUUCUUUGGGAAAACAGUUCAACCACCAACAUCUAAAGUCAUCACUGUUUCCCUUUUUGACCCGAAAAUUCCGAAAACUACUGAUAGUACGGUAUCGGAGACAAGCUCGGCCGCUUCUUUGGGCACCAUUUCUCGAACAGCAAGCAGUACCUCUGUUUCUGAUAGUAACAAGGGUGACGUUUCAAAAGUGCCUAAUAAACCGUUCAUGUUCGGAACUCCUGGACAAUCUGGAGGCCUUUUUGGUUCUACAGCGGCAACUACAGCCGCGAGUUCUUCGGUAGAGUCUAAGGCCAUGACAUUAUUUGGUAGCACGGCGACUACAAAGAGCCUUUUUACACCUGCUGUGGAGAAACCUGUAAGUACAUCCGCAGUAAAAACCAUCUUUGGGUCUGCUUCUACGACUUUCACUGUUCCCGCUACUAGUUCGACGUCUCUAUUUGCAAACUUUAUUUGGAAAGCUUCCUCCACCACUGCUGCUCCCACAGUGUCUUUGUUUAGUAGCACCUUUGCUACGCCUUCUGGCGGGACUGCUGUUACAAGUUCAGUGCUUGACAGUUCCAGUGCUCAAGCGAAAAAUAUAUUUUCUUCAGCAACGCCCACUUCUACUGCUGAAAACUUAGUUGCAUCAAAAACAGUUACAGCCGCUGUUAGUACAGAAACUACAAGCUCUGUAAGUAGCCCUUCAACAGCCAACAUUUUUGCCUCUGCUCCUGCUACAACGACUCCUGAAACUCCUGCUACUAUUACUUCAUUAUUUGGGGGAACCUCCGGGACAACCAUAACUUCUGAAACCACUUCUACUGCUGGAAGUUCUUUAUUUAGUAGCACGACAUCAACAAGUAUCUUUGGCACUCCAACUUCCGAAGUAGGUGCAUCAUCUGAAAGUCAAACUGCUACAAAACCAUCGCUUGGUAUAACUUCCGCGGCCUCCAGCUCAAGUUCUUUAUUUGGUGCUGCACCAUCUACUAUUGCUCAAGGUACAAACGCGCUUUUUGGUAAAACUGCCGGUGGAAUAGCCACUAUGGCCGCCGAAGUCUCCUCCGCAGCGACACCAUUACUUGGGAGCCCCGCGACAACCACACAAAGCAUCUUUGGUGCAGCGCCUCAAGCCACUACCUCGAGCUCAUUAUUUGGCACUUCAACACCUUUUGGAUCGACUUCUUCUGCAGCAAAUGUUUUUGGUUCCACUACCACACAAGCCUCAGCAACAAGUUUGUUUGGCACCUCAACUGCGCCACAAACAACAACAGCAAGCGUGUUUGGGGCCUCAACUGUAACAACACAGGCCAGCAGCAGCGUUUUUGGGACCCCGACUACUCCGCAAACCACUACAUCAAGCAUUUUUGGUACCCCAACUACACCACAAACGUCAACAACGAGCAUUUUUGGUACCCCAACUGCACCUCAAACCACUACAACGAGCAUUUUUGGUACCCCAACUGCACCUCAAACGACUACAACGAGCGUUUUUGGCACCCCAACUGCUCCGCAAACCACUGCAGCAAGCAUAUUUGGCACUCCAACGGCACCCCAAACAACAUCUUCAAGCAUUUUCGGUGGCUCACCAGCAUCGGGAAAUAUCUUUGCUUCUGCUGCGAGUAACAUUUUUGGAUCCAGUACGGCUUCAAGUGGGUUUGGUGGAGGUGCGGUGGCUUCGACUGCUAGUUCGGUUUUCGGAUCGGGUACUACGAGUACCAGUUCCAAUGUUUUUGGGAGCACCGCCACCACGACGUCAUCUGUCUUUGGGUCUGGCGGUGGUUCGAUCUUUGGCGGAGGUAGUCCGAGUGUUUUCGGGCAAAGUGCGACUUUUGGUACCGCACAGUCCGGGUUUGGUCAGACCACGACGGCUUCGAGUGUGUUCGGACAGCCCGUCACUACCGCUUCCGUGUUUGGACAAGCUGCUGGAUUUGGGUCUUCGGCUGGUACAAACGCUUUUGGUACCACUGCAACUGCCAGUACCGGAAGUAUUUUUGGUGGUGCUUCUAGCGCUCCCAGUAGCGGGUUUGGAUCAGGUUUUGGUUCCCAAAGUUCCACGAGCAAUAUUUUCGGAUCUCCCAGUACUACACAGGCUUCCACCGGAAGUUUUGGUUUUGGUUCGCUUGCUGUGGGGGGUACCGCAUCCCCUGGAGGAAGUAUAUUUGGAGGAUCCACAGGUACAACAUUUGGCCAAACGACACCUCAAGCAAACCCCUUUGGUAAAGUAGAAUCCAAACCGCUGUUCGGUUCGAAUACCGGUAACAUUUUCGCCAGUUCAGCGGUAACAUCCGCGAGUACCAAUAUCUUCGGCACCCCAGCGAGUACUAGCAGUUCGAUUUUCGGCGGGGGUAGCAGUACCAGCACGUUUGGAAACCCCGCAGCUGGUACUACAGGGUUCGGUUCCCCGAGUACGUUCGGGUCUUCGGCUUUUGGACAGCCGCCCAGUUUCGGCAGUUCCGCUUUUAGCAGCCCUCAGCAGUCCGGCGGUCCUUUUAGUGGCAGCGCUCAAUCGGUGGCUCAGAGUGGCUUCGGUUCGCCCACGAGCUUCCAAAAACCGGCCGGGUUUGGGGCGGCACCGGUGUUUGGCGGUGCGCCCAGUGGAGGAUUUGGGGCCGCCCCGGCCUUUGGGGCGGGAGCCUCUUUUGGGGCAGCCGCGCCAUUUGGAAGUCCUGAUAAGGUAUUUGGAGGGGGACAGCCUAGUACAGGCACUUUCGGUUCAACAACCGCCCAAAAUAGCGCAUUCGGCAAUCUGGCGAACCAAAACACUAUAGGAUUUGGAAACUUGGCACAGCAAGCAAACACACCUAGUUCCAUGCCGUUUUCCGGAGGAAAUUCUUCGUUUUCUAGCUGGCGUUAAAGAUUUAUGGAAGGAAGUUUUUUUUACCAGGCUUUGUAUAUUCGCUAUAUAUUGGAUAAUACUGUAAUGGUUAAUACAUUUGUAUAAGUUUAAUGGGAAUUUUUGGAACAAAUGUUUGAUUUUUGUUGCCUUAAAAAAUGUUUUUCUUGUUUGCAAUAGAUGAAAAAGGGUAUUUUCCUA